AUGGUGGUUUUAGGAUCAGGUACUGCUUGCUUCUUGAAUCUAUUUGCAGGUGGACACACUUCGGAGAUGCUUGCACUCCUCCAUUCGUUAGACCCUUCUCUUUACACUCCUAUGGUAAUAGUGAGUGCAGAUACCGACAAGAAGAGCAUUUCGCGAUAUAUGAAUGAGAAUUUUGCAUUCGACUCUACAAUCAAGACGAUUCCUCGUAGCAGGGAAGUCGGCCAGUCGUACUUCUCCUCCAUUCGGUCUACUUUUCGUGCUUUCCUCCGAUGUCUUGUAUUGAUUCUGUUCGAGCAACCAAACUUGCUCUUGAUCAAUGGACCUGGCACGUGCAUUCCAGUGGCAUUGGUUGUUGUUCUCUACCGCAUUCUGGAUAUCAUUCACUGCCGAAUCGUUUUUGUCGAGAGUUUUUGCCGUGUGGAAAGACUGAGUGUAUCUGGGUAUUUGCUCUACUACGUUGCUGACUCCUUUGUUGUCCAGUGGCCUCAACUACAGAAGAAGUAUCCUCGAAGUGUCUAUUUAGGAGUUUUGAUGUAUAUUGUUUGA